AUGACAAAACGUGAGGCUUUCCUAAAGGCUGUGCAUAACGAUUCCAUAGAAGAGUUUUUGCAUUUCAUCCAACUUCAUAAUGAUGCGUCAGAUUCCUUUGAUCUACAUGAACUCGUUCAAGAGCUAUCAAGAAAGCAAAAGGAAACGUUGUGGAAUAGAUUAAAGGACUUGUUAGCCAAGGUUUUGCUGGAUAAUCCCAUAGAAGAAUGGCAAAGCAUGGUGGAUGACAGCAUGGAAACUGAAGAAAAUGCAGCACUGAAGCAAACUACAGCUGUGAUUCAAGGUGUAGCAACUAUAGUUACUGCAUCCAUUCCUACAUUAGAUGAAAAUACUGACAUCAAAACCCUUUUAGAAUGUGCUGUGAUAUUAAAUGGGAUUCUUUCGGUACUACCGGAUUCUGAAAAAUCUCUGUUGGAAGCCAUUCAGCGCCUUUCAGAAUGCUGGUGGGGGAAGGGAUUAGAAGAAAAAGAACAAUUUGGGAAAACUGCUUUUUUGGUGCUUCUGAGGAAGAGUCUGGGGAAUAAAAUUGUUCCGGGGGAAGUUUUGACCAGCCUAUGUUGCCUUCACCGGGUUCUACUGUGUUUUGAUUAUGACUCAGACGAGAGUAAUGAAAUUAAAGAUUUGUUACUUCGGUGCUUUAUGAGCCAAGGCUACAUUAAAAAAGAAGAGGGAAGAAGAUUCUUGAGCUUUCUUUUUACAUGGAAUGUAGAUUUCAUUAAGCUGAUACAUGGGACUAUUAAAAAUCAACUCCUAUGUUUUCCUAGGUCCUUGAUGAACCAUGUCGCUGAGAUUUACUUCAGAGCUUGGAAGAAGAGUUCAGGUGAAAUACUAGAGAACAUUGCACAGUCAUAUUUUGCAAGAAGCUGAAUAAAAUUGACUGGAGCUAAUCUCUUAAAUCAUUUUAAUUUAUUUUCUGUUCAUUAGAUGCUAAACUAUUUCCACACACGAAAUAAAUCUCGCCAAGGAGUUGAAGAAGUUCUUUAUAGACUUUAUCAACCUAUUCUUUGGAGAUCUUUGAAGGCCAGGAAUCCUGAGAUUCGUUCAAAUGCAGCACUGAUUUUUAGUGAAGCAUUCCCUAUUCUGGAUCCCAGUUUUAACAAACAUGAUAUGGAAAAAGAAAUCCAGAAGCAAUUUAAUGAACUUUUUGCUCUCUUAGAAGAUCCUCAACCCGCAAUCCGCUCAACAGGAGUACUUGCAGUUAGUAAAAUAACAUGUAAAUAUUGGAAGAUGAUUCCGGCAGCAUUGCUUGCUGAAUUUCUGAAAACUUUGAUUGAAGAUCUUGCUUUUGAUGCAAGUUCAGCUGAUGUCCGAUGUACCGUUUUUAAAUGCUUGCCUAUACUUUUGGACAAUGUACUGAGCCACCCAUUACUGGAACAGCUUCUGCCAGCACUGAAGUACAAUCUCCAUGACAAUUCGGAGAAAGUUAGAGUGGCUUUCGUCGAUAUGUUGCUGAAAAUUAAGGCCACGAAAGCUGCAAAGUUUUGGAGAAUUUGUCCUGUAGAGCACCUCUUAGCUCGCCUUGAGAUUGAUUCACGGCCUGUGUCCAGACGGAUAGUAAAUCUUCUGAUCAACUCUUUCCUGCCCAUCAGUCAACCAGAAGUGUGGUGUGAACGCUGUGUAACACUCAUCCAAAUGAAUGCACCUGCAGCUAGAAAAUUCUAUCAGCACGUUCACGAAUACACUAGUCCCACCAAUAUAGCUAAGCUCAUAAUUGCCAUUCGGAAUUGUUUGAACGGCUCUAUCCAACAGCAGUUAAAGGAAUCUGAGAGUGGAGAUGAGCAGAACGAGAAAGAAAACAUAAGUGUAACAGAUAACUUAUUUUUGAUUGAUGACAUACCUUCCAUGGCUGGCUUGCUUGAAAUUAUCGUAAUUCUCUGGAGGAGUAUUCAGAAACAACUUGAUUGCAAUGAAGAAGCAAAAAAUCACAUUGUCCAAAAGUUUGCUUCUGUGCUACCAACAUAUUUAAAAAUUUUCAAGGACGACCGUUGUGUGUCUCCAAUAAUUAUCCUGGCAUCUUUCAUCCCACCUGCUGCUAUUCCUACAUUCAGGUAUGGCUUAUUAUUUUGUAAAGCUGAAAAUGAUGAGCUAGAUUCUUACAUUCAAGGAUGCGACCUGGCAUAUUGUGGCUUUUAUCAAGCAACAGCAGUGAGAGCCUUCAGCCUCUACUGUAGGUUGAAUAUACAUCUUUUACAUAAGUUUGUCUCUGAAGAACAGGAUUAUCUCUCAGCUUUGGAGAAGACGGGGACCUGGAUAGAAAUCAGCAUUCUGCCUCAUUUUUUGUUAGAGGAAGAAGAGGGUUACUUCAAGCCAUCCAGUGAAAUCUCUCAAUGGGUGAUUCAGACUUACCUAUUGGUGUGCAAAGAUCUUAUAGCGGUUGGACUUGGUGAUUUCGGAUUUCAAGCUAGUCUUCUGAACUUGGCAUCUAGGAUCAUAUGCAGAGGAAAAGGCGCCAUUUUCAUUCCAAUGUUGCUCUCUAUCCUGAGAGAGAUUGUUGAAGCUUUCUUAGCCUGUGACGUUGUCAACACUGAUUGCAUAGCAGAACUUGCAAAUAAUGUUCCUAUAAUGUUCCAGAAAAUUCUAGAGACCAUGGCACUUAAGCUCAGAAGACAACAAGAAGAAGGGAUACAGUUAAUUCACUCUGCUCAAGGGCCUCUUGGAGAAUUUGUACACGUAGUCCAGUCCUGUGUGUUGAUUUUCCCAGUGAUUUAUAAAGGAGUUAUUUCUUCUCUUUUAGCCGCAGUAGUGGUUGAGAUAAAUUGCAGCUUGAAAAAAAAGUUAUUGGCUACAGAAGAACUAAUAACACCGAAGACAUUCUUAAAUCUCCCACCACUUUCAAGCGUUAUAAUGGCGAUUCUGAAUAACUCAACAAAAGGGGUUAGGUCUUUUCUAAAUGAAUUACUGGAAUACAUUGAGUCUGAAGAAUGUGAAGGAAUUAUUAGCCUUACCACUAGUGUGUACAUUGUUGCUUUAAUUAAAGGUAAACGAAAACCUUCCUAUAUAAAGGCCAUUGCAGCUACUCUUCAGGAAAAAAUAAUGAUGUAUAGCGAAAUUACCAAGGAAGACGUGGAAAGGGUGCUCUGUGAAACUGCUUUGGGCAUUGUGAAUGAAAUGCUGGGUCCUUGGUCACGUAGACAAGAGAAUGGGAUGGAAGAUGUAUUUUAA